AUGUUAACUGGAGUCAGAACAGAUCACUUGAUAGCGGGAAGCGAAUCAGUGCUGGAUCCUAAAGGAGAGAUUACGCUAAAAUGGAGGGUGGACUACGCAGCUCGCAAAAUACGUUUUUGUCUGGAAUUUUCCAAUAAAGCCUCCACCAUUAAUUGGUUUGCAAUUGGAUUUUCUGACCGCGGUGACUUGAAGAACUCAGAUGUAUGCUUGGUUUGGACUGAUUAUAUGGGACGCGAUCAUUUUGAGGAUAUGCACGCAGAUAAUAAUGGUAGACUGUUAAGAGACGCUCACCAAAACUGCGAAGGGUUUUACAUCGAUUUAAAAAGUAGGAGUGUUGUGUUUGAACGUGACUUCGACACCUGCGAUCCUGAUGACUACUUGAUUGAGGACGGCACUGUGCACGUGAUCUGGGCCCGUGGAAUCGACAAGCUAUUCUCCUCCAAAGGUCUAUGCGUAUCGUGCACAUUGCCCCACGAUCACGGCUUCAUCCGAGUGCGAUUACUAACUCCGCCGGGCACGCCACAACAGCCGGGUCAGAUGUUACGCGUCACCAACAAAGACCUGAAGGUGCCUGGAGGUGACACCACGUACUGGUGUAAUGUUGUGAAACUGCCGGAGUACGUCACUGAGAGCGAACACCAUAUUAUAAAGUUUGAGUCGACCAUAACGAAAGGUAACGAAGGUUUGGUACAUCAUAUGGAAGUAUUCUAUUGCGAUGCAGACCCUAAUCAGGAUAUUCCAUUUUACGAAGGCAAUUGUUUCUCUGAUAAACGACCGGAGUCUACAAAAUCGUGCUCUAAAGUGAAAGCGGCCUGGGCGAUGGGAGCGCCACCGUUCGCGUACCCAGAUGAAGCUGGGUUACCGCUGGGUGGUCCCAAAGCGAACAAAUAUGUUAUGCUCGAAGUACAUUAUAACAACCCUGAAUUACGGAAUGAUUGGGUAGACAGCUCGGGUAUCAUCCUGCAUAUAACAGCGAACAAGCGUAAAUACGACGCGGCUAUAAUGGAGCUAGGACUCGAGUACACCGACAAGAUGGCUAUCCCGGGCGGACAGGAAGCGUUCCCUCUCACUGGAUAUUGCAUUCCACAAUGCACGGGCGUGGGUCUUCCGGAGGAAGGUAUCAUAGUGUUCGGCAGUCAGCUACACACGCAUUUGACGGGUGUCGCAGUUUGGACGCGACACUCCCGCCGCGGCGUUGAACUUCCUAUGCUCAAUCGAGACUUCCAUUACUCCACACACUUUCAGGAAAUCCGGAUCUUACAUCGGCCUGUCAAAGUUUUGCCGGGCGACUAUUUGGAGACGACCUGCAUUUACAAUACCAAAGACAAGGAAAACGCGACCAUAGGCGGCCACGCAAUAACUGAUGAGAUGUGCGUCAACUACAUGCACUACUACCCCGCCACCGAGCUCGAGGUAUGCAAAAGCGCUGUGUCCAAUACUGCGCUUCAGGAAUACUUCGAGUUUGAGAAACGUUGGGACAACAUAUCAAUAGAUUUCAAAGCGACGCCACGAACCAACUACCUGUCGAUCAGGCCUUGGACUCCGCUGCGAGCCAAGGCUCUACACACGCUGUAUACAGAGUCUCCCAUAUCCAUGCAGUGCAAUAAGUCCGAUGGAAACAGGUUUCAGGGUGAUUGGGAAGGUAUCCGUGUGCCGAAAAUUAAACUACGCCUGCCUGAGGAGCCAAGAAUGUGUAUUGAAACUUACCAUACUAUUUGAAAUACAAAUGAAUUGUGUCAUUUAAAUAAGAAUACAGCAAAAGAAAUAGUAAAAACUUAAUAAAAAUGUUAAAG